AAAGCUAUCCUGAGGUUCCCACCCGAAGAGGGUGCACCGUGCUCUCUUGGAAUCUCUAUAUAAAGAGCUCACAAUGCCUCACUAGUAGAGCACCUCCAAAGUUCUAGUGGAGAUGGGGCUGCUUCUCUUUCUUGCUCUCUCUUUUCUCCUCGCAACAGCAUCUUCUCUUAGAGAUGUUCCCCGCAGCUCAUGCUCUUCCAAAUUCCAGAUGGACCACCACCACAACCACCAUCUCAACGGCUCCGGCCUCCACCUCGUUCUCCACCACCCGCGGAGCCCCUGCUCCCCCGCCACCCUCCACCACCUCCCCUUCUCCACCGUCCUCUCCCACGACGACUCCCGCGUGGAAUUCCUCGCCGCCCGGCUGACCAAAGCCGCCCCCAGGCCGAAAUCCCCCCUCCUCAACCCUGACGCCGCCAGCGUCCCCCUCGGCUCCGGCAUGUCCAUCGGCGUCGGCAACUACAUCACCCGCAUCGGCCUCGGCUCCCCCUCCACCUCCUACGUCAUGCUCGUCGACACAGGAUCUUCUCUCACCUGGCUCCAGUGCUCCCCCUGCCGCGUCUCCUGCCACGAGCAGGUCGGCUCCAUCUUCGACCCCACUACCUCCGCCACCUACCGCCCCGUCUCCUGCUCCGCCCCCGAGUGCGACGGCCUCGAGUCCGCCACCCUCAACCCCUCCGCUUGCUCCGCGUCCAACGUCUGCAUCUACCAGGCCAGCUACGGCGACAGCUCCUACUCCGUCGGCUACCUCAGCAGGGACUCCCUCUCCCUCGGCCCCGGCGGAGUCUUCCCCAGCUUCGUCUAUGGCUGCGGCCAGGACAACGAGGGCCUCUUCGGCAGAUCGGCCGGCCUCAUCGGCCUCGCACGCAACAAGUUAUCCCUGCUAUCCCAGCUAGCACCAAAGUUCGGCAACGCCUUCUCCUACUGCUUGCCGACCACGGCGUCCACCGGAUAUCUGUCCCUCGGGUCAUACCCCCCCGCGCGGUAUGAAUACACCCCGAUGGUCUCGAGCUCGUCGGAUGCCUCUUUGUACUUCGUCAGGCUUACGGGCAUCACGGUCGGAGGGAAGGGGAUUGCGGUGGCGCCGUCGGCGUACACCGAGAUGCCGACGAUCAUCGAUUCGGGGACUGUGAUUACUCGGAUACCGCCCGACGUCUACUCGGCGUUGAGCAAGGCGGUGGUGGCGGCGCUUAGGGGGCGUGCGCGGGCGCCGGCGUACUCGAUAUUGGACACGUGCUACAAGGGCAGUGCAAAGGGGCUGGUGGCGCCGGAGGUGGAUAUGGUGUUCCAAGGCGGUGCGACGUUGAAGCUGCCCACGAGGAAUGUGAUGAUCGAUGUGGAUAGCGGUACUACGUGCCUGGCUUUUGCGCCGUCCGAGAGGGUGGCGAUCAUCGGGAACAGGCAGCAGCAGACGUUUCGGGUAGCGUACGAUGUGGCGAGGUCGAGGAUUGGGUUCGCCGCCGGUGGGUGUGCGUGACGGAGUCGUGGCCGUGAUGGUGGGGUUGGUGCAGGGAAUAGUAUAGUUAGAAAGAUGUGCGUGUAUAUGCUAUUCUUCCUGUAAAGAAUAGGGGAACUUACUAAAGCACCAAAACGGGGAUAUAGUAUCACCAGGAUAUGGCAUUCCAGACGAAGGUGAUCGUAACUGAUGGACUAUGUAUCGCAGGCCAAUAUCUUAGCCAUUCGGUCUUCGAAAUCAGAUUGCAGAAACGUGUACGUACAAAUCAUGCAGGGGGCUACUAGUUGUGUUUUGGGAACGGGAAUCAAGGUGUCUGCUACGUACAAAUUACAAAAUGACACGUAGCCAACAUGUGUGAAUAUGUUGUUUAUUUAUUCUUGCCCCAUAUUUAUGGUUGAAGGAUGUGGCAGCUUUUA